AUGAGCGACGCGGUGAAGCUCGUGGCGGCUGCCGCGGCAGGCGGUGCCGCCACACUCCUUCUGCACCAGAGCUCCUCGCUGGAGCACCUGACCAAGGCACUCACUGCGAAUGGGUUCGACGUGCUUUGCGUGCCAGAGGUCACAUCGGCUCGCGGCGCCGUCGAGCCGAUGCGUCGGCUGCCCAUCCGGGCGCUGGUGGAGUUUGAGACGGGGCUGAUCCAAGCGCAGCUCCAGCUCGAGAACAGCUUCACCCAGAUCGCGCGCUCCACCGGCCGCCCCACCGUCGUGAUUCUCGACCGUGGUCUGCUCGACGUGGGGGCCUACCUGCCUCCAAAGGUGUGGACGGACGUCAUCCUGAAGGAGAAUGGCAUGACGGAGGCCUCCAUCGCGGCGCGUCGCGCGAUCUUUCAGCACCUCACACGCUGGGCCACGCGCUACGACCUUGUGCUGCACCUCGUCACUGCGGCGGACGGCGCCGAGAAGUUUUACACCACCGAGAAUAACGCGGCGCGCACCGAGACGGCCGAGCAGGCGCGGGAGCUCGACCUCAAGAUCCGGAGCUGCUACAAGGCGCACCCCAAGCUCGAGGUGAUUGGCAACACGGGCAGCUUUGACGCGAAGCUGCAGAGCGCGACCAAGCUUGUGCUGCAGAUGGUGGGGUCUUAG